UUUAUCGAUACAUGGCGUUGUUGUGCAUCUUCGCAUUGGAUUCCUUUUGUUUAAGCAAAUAAUGGUGAUUUGCGGGAAUAUUCUGACCAGAGACAACUACGAGCACUUUGUUUUGACUUGUGCGCACAAAAAUGAUUGCUUCGUGGAGAUGGAACUCGAGCGGUGGCGGGAAUUCAUCCUGCACAUCAAGGAGCACCUACGAGAAACGCAUCCGGAAACGCUGGAGUUGGCUGCAUCCGGAUACAUUUCGACCACCGAAAGUGAUUGCAGUGUUGCGCCAGCAAAGGUGUUCAUAAUAGAGCAGCCUCCAGAGGAUUGCCUGGCCGAGGACAUGUUCGUUGACCUGCCCGCUUCCUCCGAGGACGAAGACGGCAGCGAGGAGGAGGAAGAGGACGAGGUGGACUGCUACUCCAUGGCAGUUGACUGCGAACUGGGCAGCCACGAUUCCACAAGCUUUGCUCCCCUUUCCAAAUUCAAUCCAACUUUUUACCGACGCAGUCCACGGAUCACACAGUUCAUCGAGCUGUACAAGCAGCACACCUGCCUCUGGGACCCGGCUGAUGAGUCAUACAAGAACAAGCAGAUGCGCACAGCUGCCUACGAGGAGAUGCUGGACCAAUUGAAGACCACUGUGAACCUUAACCUUACGGCGUACAAGCUGAAGAAGUGCAUCGCAAGUCUGCAUGCCCAGUAUGCCGCGGUUUCGCGGCAAAUGAAGACCCAGAAACUGACCAAGGUUCCACUGUACUAUCAUGGGAAGUACGGCUUUUUGGCCGAGCGCGGAAGUGUGGAGGAUGCAGAGAGCGAUGAGGACGACGGCGAUGGCAAAAUAAAGCUGGUGUUUACGGAGGAGAAUCGACUGACCACUCUGUUCAUUGACCUGUACUCCAAGUUCCCCCAACUGUACGAUCCGGCGCACAAGCACUUCUGCAACCUAAGUGAACGCAAGUCGUCGCUCAUAGAGAUCACAGACCUGCUGACUGCGGAAUUUUCGGUGGGUCUGAUAACCCUUUACGAUGUGUACGACGGUAUUCAGAGCAUGCGCCAAUGGUAUUCGCGGCGGAUUAAAACCCUCACCGACGUGCAAUCGGUGGGUCUUUCGCUGGCCGAGAAGCGUUACAUUGAGCGAUGCAACAGCUUUAUGCCCACCAAAACAUUCCGCCAAAAGCUCAAAUGUGAAGUUUGCGAUAAUGCCUUCAGCACGGAUCACGCCCUGCAGGCCCAUCAGUUCCGGGAUCAUAAGAUGGGCGAGGGAGGCUGGUUUCGCUGCACGCUGUGCGAGCUGAAUUUUGACCGAAGGUGCCACCUGCAGCAGCACAUACAGCGGGUGCACAUGAGCAAGGCGUUCGUCUGCGACAUCUGCAGCCGGAGCUUUGCCUUUGGCAACCAACUGGCCAUCCACAAGCGCACCCACGACGAGAAACAUGUGGCUAAGCCUUAUGUCUGCGAGUUCUGUGGCAAGUCAUUCAAGCAAAAGAUUCAAAUGACCACCCAUGUGACGGCGGUGCACACCAAAAUCCGGGCCUUCAAAUGUGACAUGUGCCCCAAGGACUUCCUGACCAAACGCGACCUUAAAGACCACGUGAAGGCUCACCUCAACAUCCGCGACAAGGUGUGCGAGGUCUGCCAGAAGACCUUUACCAACGCCAACGCCCUGGUCAAACACCGGCACAUUCACAAGGAGAAAACGCUGCAGUGCACUCUCUGCACGACGCGCUUCUCGGAGCGGGUUAGUUUGGGCGUCCACAUGCGGCGCACCCACAAGAUCAUUAAGAGCACUCUAAAGGUGGCGGAGACGGCGAGCGACGCUCUUUUUGCACAAUCAUUCCCUAAGCCCCAAGACAUUUCCAACAAAUAAAAGAUAUUUACAAUUAAGUUUUAAAGGUAUUAUAGAAAAUAUGACUAUUAUAAAAAAGUGAUUGAUUUUUAAA